AGUUUGGACUCAGAAAGUUAAUAGACGCUCACGCGUGAACUGCACCUUAACUACCAGCCUUUUCGUAAGUGACAGACAGCAUUCACACACACAAGCCACAGGAAUUUCUUAAAGGAAGUCAUCUGGUGUUAUCUGGCUCACAGCUCAACUUGACAUCAGUGGGAAUUUAAUCAAAGAAACUGAAUUCAGUGGAAGAUGCAUGUUGUUAUGGUUAUAAAAAACACAUAUAUAUGAUCAGCUAACAUUGAUUCCACAAGAACAAAUUAAGAGACAGAGCGGUGCUUAAAGUACAUUCUUUGUGAAUCCCCACCACUUCCUGUAAAGAGCAACAUCAGUACUUGCUUCUCAAGAGUGCACUUCUCUUAACAGAGUUGUUGUAAAAUGAAAAAGAAGCAUAUGAAAUUACUUGUCAUAGCACUAGCUAGCAGCUUUUGCCUUGUCUUUUUCUUUUCCAAACUAAAGGAUGUGGAACACAAACAAAGAGACCUGGCCAAGAUCACUUCAUUUCCAGAUACAACUACAAAAACCAAAAGUGUUAUGCCGUAUAAACUUCCACCCCUUACAAUUUCUGAGACUUUCAGAAAAGACAUUCCCAAAAAUGGUGCUUACUGGAACCGGAAGCUUCAUUCUCUCCUCAGGCAGUUUGAUGCCACUGACAAUCAAACACAGAAAGACCCACAUGACAAGUUUCUCUGUCAGCCUGAGAGUUUUGAGUUGCUAAAAACCAACAUUCAAGAUGUCCAUUCAUACCCUCCACUUUAUGGAGACUUCCUUAGAGGCAUGGAGUGUCGAGACCGACCGCUUCUUAUCAAUCAGCCUGACAAGUGCGCAUCAGAGAAUGAAGAGGAUCAAAUUUUCCUCCUUUUUGCGAUCAAGUCUAUCCCGAGUAACUUCAAAAGGCGCCAAGCAAUUCGAGAGACAUGGGGAAGAGGAGGCAUGUAUGAAAAAGGACUUCAAGUAAGAACUGUCUUUCUGCUGGGCCGAUCAUCUACGGAUGAUCCCAAUCUUGACAAACUGGUUUCAUUUGAAGCACAGCAGUUUCAAGACCUUCUCGUCUGGGAUUUUCAGGACUCCUUUUACAAUCUUACUCUAAAAGAGCAUGUGUUCUUCAAGUGGAUGCUUGAUAACUGUCCACACGUAUCUUUCGUUUUUAAGGGCGAUGAUGAUGUUUUUGCUAACACUCAAGCAAUUCUGAAUCAUCUAAAGACUCUGGAGCCUGAACAGGUCACGGCAUUGUACACCGGGCAGAUCAUUCCUAAUGCCAACCCAUUACGGGACCCUAAAAUCAAAUAUUAUGUUCCUCAGUCAUUCUAUGAAGGUCCUUACCCUCCUUAUGCUGGUGGCGGUGGAUUCCUAUUUUCUGGAAACCUUCUUCCAUCUCUUUACCACGUCUCCUUUUACAUACCCUUCUUCCCUAUUGAUGAUGUCUACAACGGGAUGUGCUUCAAGGCACUUGGAAUCACUGCAACAAAACACGACGGAUUCAAGACCUUUGACAUUCGGGAAGAAGAUCGAGAGAACCCCUGUGUACACAAAGACCUGCUCCUGGUGCACCAACGUGACCCUGGGCAGACUAUAAGACUGUGGAGAAAUAUGCACAGCACCAUGCUGACCUGCUGAUAUUUGUAAACUAUUAAACACCAUUAUGUUCAGCUGUUAUGGUUGAUGAAACCCUUGUCGGAAAAGAACAAGCUGGUGAAAUUUUCUGGAGGCAACAUGGGGCGAGUACAGAGCAUUAAAGUACCUCUUAAGAGACCCCAACACCAUCAUAUCUUAUGUUUCUGUACAAUUGAUUGAGCGAGGUUUACUCUAGGUUUAAUUUGUACAGGUUAUCAACACAGUUGGGUGGGGUUAAGUCAUCAUUUUCAUGUCAUUCCAAACUCGUACAAAACAAGUUUUGCUUGGUUCUGCAGAAAACAUAUUUAGAAGUGUGUGUUAGAUGUUUUUGUUCUUAUGAAAAUGAAUAGAAUUAAUAUCUUUACAACCCCCCCCCCCCCCCCCCCCAAA